ACGGAGUCGAUUCUCAGGUGCAAUAACGCGAAGAUACCGCGCUCUCUCGGCGCAUCGUUCGGCCACGAGGAUCUCCUCGGUUUCCCCGGCAUGACUGCAACGAUUUUCCCACGGGAGCAUAAUUGACGUGCGCGUACGCGCACAGACACUAUCCCAGGUAGUUCCAGGUGGGACGACUUUCGUCUAGCCAUCUCCGCGGCGAGUUCGGUCAAGACUCGUCUGCCUGUGCGGACGACGAAGACGAAGGCGCGCAGGUGCAUGCUGCAGCAGUGAAAGUAUCCGAGUGCAGCUACGAUCUGGCAUCUGUCAAUGCCCUCUUGCAUAGUCAGUCUUGCUCUAACGGUGCCGUUUACGACGGGAUCCGCGGCGAAUCGAAUCUUUAGUCGAGAACCCGCUGUCUCGUAUCCGGUGAUCCUCGUGGCGGCAGAAGCACCGGUCCACGUUCGCGCUCGGCGAUCUCGCGGAGAAGCUCGUUGGAACCGCACGAGAUCGGAUCUCGCGGGAGUCCUCUCUCGCUAAUCGAGACUUUCGCGCAUUCGUCCUCGUCCUGAAAAAUGAAGACUACACGGCUGUGCGCUAUCCUUCUUCUCGUCGGCUGCACGGCGACUCUCUCCGCCGACACCAACCCCGAGUACGUGAAGCAAUGCUCCCGCAGCGAUCCGAAACUGGUCACUUGUUUGAUCGAUGCUCUGCACCAUCUGCGACCAUAUCUCAGCGCCGGGAUACCCGAAAUCGAGUUGCCCGCGGUGGAACCGUUCCGCAUGGACGAGCUAACUCUCUCCCUGACAGGUGGUGUGAACGGUUAUAAGGUUCAGCUACGUGACCUGUUCAUAAGGGGAGCGAGCAACUACUCGGUCGAGGACAUCAAGCUCGGCUCACCCUUUCAGGCUAUCAUAAGAAUGCCAGCUCUUAUAUUGGACGCGCAUUAUUCCAGCUCCGGAGUGUUGAUAAUUUUACCUGCAAGUGGAAAUGGCACGUUCCACGCGCGUUUCGGCGACGCUCGGGCUCUAGUCAAAGGAAAAAUGUCAACGAAAUCGCGAGACGGAAAGUCGUAUCUGAAUGUUGACAACCUCGACGUCGAGCUGCGAGUGAAAGACGUGCAAAUGCGAGUCCGCAAGAUCUUUAACAACAAUCGAAUACUCACCGAGGCGACCAACCUCUUCUUGCGAGAAAACGGACAGGAGGUGUUGAAAGUGAUGGAGCCGCAGCUGAAGAGGAAGCUGUCGGCGCUCUUCGCCGGAAUCGUUAACCAGCUGCUACGACACGUCCCAGUUGAAACGUUCCUCACACCUUAAGAUGCGUCUACAUCAUGUUUUCGUUUUAAUGAUCGUUAUACACUUGUCUUGUUAAAGUCGACGAUCGAUCUUACACGUGUAUGUACAAGUGGGGAGUGUGUUGCGGCGUUAGAAUAAUACGACAUUAGAAUAAUCUUCGGGUACUUCAGGCUACUUUCUCAAUUUUAACCAAUUGACUGUCGAAUACAAGUUCUCUCGUGACCGGCGUGCAAAAAGAACUCUCUGUUUCAUACAAGUUAACUUGUUAACUGAUUAAGGAAUAAAUUUGCAUCGUUAAUUUUGAUGAAUAAUAAAUAUAAUUAAUCAGCAUA